CAAUUUUUUGAAUUUGAACAUAUAUAUUCUAUUUAAUGGAACGCCAAUGUUCUAAUUCUCUCGUUAAGCCUGAGGAUGGCCUAUGGAGUGAGCCGAAAACGUUAGUUUUCAGUAAAACUAUCUCGGCAACAAGAAAGGUAUACCUCGGAAAUUGGUCCCAGGAGAACGACGUGACCAUUGUAAAGACAGAAGAAGCCGACGAAAGGCGGAGAAAGCCCGCUCGGGUGAAGACAGGAGUUGCCGACGGGGCGAAGAGGGGUCUCUGUGUCACGUUUAAGGCCCGCUCGAGUAAAGAGGCCGACGGGAGAUGGAGAGUCCUCCGAGUGUCCCGCAUGUUUAAGACCCGCUCGGGUGAAAACAGAAGACGCCGAGGAAAGGCGGAGAAGGCUUUCUGUGUCCCGUAUCUUUAAGGCCCGCUCGCGUGAAGACAGAUGAUGCCGAGGAAAGGCUCCGGCUUUCUGUGUCCAGUUUUAUUAGAUUUUGCACAGGGCGAGAAUUUUUUGUUUUUGUUUAUUGAGGUUCGGUAUGAGUUUGAAGUAAGUUUUGUGGCCCUAACGUGCGUUUUAUUGUGACCUGGGAUCUUAGUGGCUUUCUUCCUUUCAUUAUUACUAGUUGUUGUUUUAUCGUGUCCACUAGUUUAGAUAGUAACGAUACGGCAAGUUUCGAAUAGUUGAAUUUGAUGUAUUCAGAGGAAAUUAUAAAUAUUUUCAUUGUGUGAGUUAGGACGAAUGAAACUCGACAAGUGAUGUCAGUCGCUUAUAAAGUUGCAUUCUUUCCAACUCUUGGUGGAACUCUGAAGCAGCCACCUCCACGUGGUGAGUUCUGGGUUGUCGUUCGUCUGCAAAUGACGAAUGGCAAGCGAAGAGCUGCUUAUUUCUUUCAAUUGAUAAUAAGAAAUGAAAACAUGCCAAUAAAAACAGAAAUUACAAAAGUAAUUAAAGUUAGGAGAAUUAAGUAUCUAACUUUGGUAUAAAUUGCUUUAAAUUUUGUCUAAGUGGUGUUAAUUCCUUUGUUUUAAUGGUGAUCGUGAAUUUCAAUUCAUCCUAGUUCUGAAUUAUUAAAAUAUAUGUCUAAAAUAGAAAUUUCGUUGGCCAUCACAUUCCCCUGAUCUGACAGCCCCAGAUUUCUUUUUUAUAGGAAUAUUUGAAACAGCAAGUGUUUAUUAAUAAGCCCCGAACUCUUGCUGAGCUGAGCAUCAGGAAAUUCGAAUGAUAAACAGAAUCACUUUGCAAGCAGUUAUGGAGAGUGCCAUAGAAAGAGCUCAUCUUUGUGAAGUGGAAAAUGGAGGGUCAUUUAAAAUUGUUUAGGCCAAAAAAAAUAUCCAAGAUGUGUACAUUAUAAUGUUAAAAAUAAACUUAUAAAAUAAUUAAAAGUAAAAAAGUUAUUUCAUUUUUAAACGGUAAAGUGACUUUUGGCCCACCCUGGACUUGAUAACAAUGCAUAAAUAAUAUUUCACCAUGUUCCAUUAGGUCGAAAUUUUUAUGCUUUAGUCUACAGAAAAAUAUCAAAGUGAAGAAAAUGUCACCUCAAAAAAAAUUCCCCAAAUUUUUGUCAGUCAACAAAAAAUCCCCAAUCAAAAAUCUGGAAACAUUAAAUGGCACUGCAUGAAAACUGCCUUCGGUUCUCAAUGCCACUUCCUGUUUUCCUAUCUGAAUUUGCCAUGCGACAUCACGACAUUGCCAGGUAUGUGGUGCACGGGACUUAUCACAUGGGAGCUAGACAUUCGGCUAUUUUUCCUGAAGCAUGCUUUGUGAUUCAAUUUCACACUGAAUAUCAAAAUAAGAGGACUAUGAUUUUUAUUGCAAAGCAGGGGCGGACUGGCCCUAAAAUUUGUGUGUGGAAAAUUUAUUACCAGCCCACAAAUAAAAAAAAAUGUAUUUUUUUCUAUUUAUAUUUAAAUAUAUUCAAAAUACAACUUGACAAAAAUUACAAUAAGCACAAGUCUAUAUUCUACAAUAUUAAUUUUUUAUUUAGAAGUUUGAUUUGUUGAGCAAUAAUAUUAACGACAUCAUCAGAAUUUAUUUCGUUUAAAAAAUCCUUCUCUAACAACAUUAACACGAAGGCUUCUAGAUUUUCUUGCGAGAUACUUAUAAGUAUCUUAGCCUGCUUUUAAUUAAUUUUAACAUAGAAAAGCUUUGUUCACCGGACACUUGUGUUACAGACAUAAAUAGCAGAUAUUUGUAUGCUUGACCAAGUAUAGAAUAAGCGACACUUAACAUGUUAUAUCUGAAUAAUAUAGUAUAACAACAAAUAGAGCAAUUUUUGCAAGCAAUGCAGUAAGAGGAUAAAAUCGCAUCUUUAUUAGUUUCUACUUGAUCAUCAGUAGAAUGUUCAUUUUCAUUUAAUUUUAUAAAAGUUUCAUUGACAUUUUCCUUUAAAAUAUUCCAUGACGAUUUAAAAUGU